AUGUCCGCCCAUAGACGCAACUACCAGUGCUUCAAUGCUGUGGGGGGUGAAGGCUCCAACAUGUCCUCACUCCCCUUCAAGCAUCACACCAGCCGGCUCCCCUGGAUCAACAACCAUGGCAUCCUGGCCCAUCAUGAGCCUCUGGAGGAGUGCUACCUUUGCUCUGAGUAUAGACAUACCCAAGCUGUGGAAGCAUUAGAGACUCAUGUCUCGCCAUUGCAUCACGCUCAUACACCCUGUCACCACCAUCAGCCACACCAGUAUGUCCUCAGGGGACCCACCAAGCCAGAGGAGCACCCUGAGGCACAUUCAGGCCAUGUGCAUCACCACAGGCACAAUAAGAGGUUGGUGCUGGUGAAGAACAGCGACCCCUCGUCAAGGAAAACCAUUGCCUUGCACCGCAGGAGUCUACGCAGCUUUGGGCUCUUCCUAGAGGAAGUUUCUGAGCUCAUGCAGUACCACAUCAGGAAGUUGUACACUCUGGAUGGGCGCAAGAUUGACAAUGUUCAGAGUCUUAUGCAGUGCCCCAGUGUGCUUGUCUGUGUGGGACGUGAGCCUUCUCACCCGUCCGUCAUGGAGAAUUUUCAGAAAACAUCUUACGACAAACUUCCGAACCUGCAUCCUCACUCAGGUGGCUGCAAUGGAGGACUUUCAACAAAGCAAAGUGCCAACUCACAAAUGGAAUCUGAUAACAGAUCUACCAGGCACUCCGUGUCCUCUGACAAGUCAUUGCCAGAUGGAACCGACUCUCCAGAUAAAGUGGAUUCCUGCCCACACACUGGUGUUGGAAAGAGAGAGGAUGAUAUAGAGAAACGGGUUCGUGUGAAUAAAGAUGGAAGUGUGUCUAUGGAGAUGAAAGUUCGCUUCAGGCUACAAAAUGACGAAACAUUACAUUGGUCCACAGAAGUAAGGAAGACAACAGGGACGACCUGUGAGUUCCGACAAGGACACAAUGGCCCCUAUUUUGCACAGAAGUACAAGCUGAAGAGGAAGCUGAACAGAGGACGUCACAAAAUAAUGAUGAACAUUUUCGAGAAGAGGAGAAUGCUGAAGAGGAUGGAGAAGAUGAAGAGAGAGUGCCAAGUGGAUGCAAUUAAUAAUGCAGAGAUUGAAGGAAGAGAGAGCUCAAUGUCAGCUCAGACAAUCAAGACAAAUAUUUCUUCCAGAUCAAAAAAGUCUAAAUGUUCAGAUAUACAAGCUGAAGAAAGCUCGAAAAGCCCUAGGGAAGAAAAGGACCAAGAGCAAGCUGAAGAAAGAGCACCAAGUGCUUUGUCAGCUAAAUCAGCAAAGUCACAUGUUUCAGCAACAUCUACUAUAACAAAUGCUUCUGCUCAAACUAUUGGUGUUUCUGAUGAAUGUAACGGUGAAGAAGAGGCUCAAGUAAGAGCACUGAGUGCAAUGUCAGCCAAAUCCUUACAGUCAGCCACGUCUGUAAAAUCAAGUCAGUCAAAAGUCUGUGAAGUUCCUGCUGAAGGAACCAUGUCAAAUGAUGAGGACACUGUACAAAGACCAGCAAGCAUUGUAUCAGCUAAAUCAGCAAGAUCUGCCAAAUCAACCCGGUCAAAUGUCUCAGCAAAGACUAAUAUUUCAGAAGUCUCUAAUUAUCAAGGGGAAGAUAACAACAAAGAGAUUACUGAGCGAGCGCCAAGUAGCAUCUCCAUCAAAUCAGCAAAAUCAAGAAAGUCAAAUGCUUCAGCAGUAUCAAAAAAAUCUAAAGCGGAUCCAGAUGGCCCUAACAUUGCAGAUGAAAACACUGACGAACACACUGAGGAGAGACCAAUGAGCUCAAUGUCUACCAAAUCAGGGAGGUCAGUCAGUUUUGCAAUUCCUAUAGAAAGUUCUGAGACUCCUUAUGAAGAAAGUACUCAAGAGCAAUCCGAAAGAGCUCCAAGUGCCAUAUCAGUUAAAUCAAAUUUGUCAAAGAGAUCAAAGAAAUCAAGAGUAUCUGUUGUUCCUGCUGAUGAAAAGGAAGAAAGUACACAAGCAAAUUCAAAUCGAUCGGAAAUGUUAGGCACAACUGAAAUCCCUGCUGUGACUGUUGAUGAAAUUGAAGACAGAGCACCUUCAACCAUGUCAUCACAGGUUUCAGGACGUUCAAAAAAGUCAACUGCAUCAGAGCUUAAAGAAAAGAAAAGUGAAGUGCGACCAAAAAGUUCUUUAUCCGUCAAGUCAACUGUAAGAUCUCGAAAAUCCAAAGUAAGUGAUACUUUAACACACAUUUCUACAAUAACUCCAGAAGUCAUUAAUCCUGAUGACGAGAGUUUGCAUAAGGAAGACAAACAACAAACACUUGAAGAGAGGAGUUGCAACUCUAAGAAAAGCAAUCCAAGCAGGCAAGACCCAAAACACGCAACUGCAAAGGUCACUUCGAGGCCGAAGUCUGCUGCAAAAUCUGAUGUUUCAGAUGAAAGUGAUUUGUCCCAAACUCUCUCCAGUUCAGAUUUUGUCAAAGACAGAUGUGAGACUCCAGGAACGGCUGAAUCAAAAUCUGAUGUGCCCAAGAAGAUAACAAAUGCUGGUCCACUAGAAAGUACGGGCAUUUGUCGUAGUGUCAAGGAUAGCAAAAGUGACAAAAGCAGCAAACGCAGACAUAACACAAAGAUUGAUGACUUUGAGCUAGUACCAUCUAACCUUCCAAAUGCAUCUCCUAAUGAGGUUGUGAAUGAAUGGCUGAAAUCAAUACCAGCAGAAGGGGAUAUGUACGACAUUGAGGAAGUUAAUGGAAACUGUGAUGGACAAAAUGAUGGCCACACAAAAGAGGAAAUUAAUGGAAUGGAGAUUAUUGGAAACUGUGACUCUGCAGCUGAGAAUACAGUAGACUUAAAUGAAGGAGUUGUUAAAAACAGUAUCCCUAAUAAUGACUGCCAAAUAAGCACGGUAUCACCAAAUGCCGACAAUACCUCUACUCAGAGAGAUGAAGCCCCAAAAAUAUUUAACUCCUCCGUACAGGUGAUGAAAGUUCUUUUGAAUCCAAAGCUCGACAGAUGUAAUAGUUUACCAGAAAUUUCUUCAGCGUAUGGACGCAAACUAAGCACUUCAGCAAGAGGUCUUCUGGAUUGUCUUGUGAAGUUGCAGUUAAUAGUCCAUAAUCCUGAAAAUGCAAACGAACAGGAUGAAAGAUACCAAGAGCUAAUGAAUAUUCUACAGUCUCUUUGGCUUUGUGACCCUCCAGAAAAUGAACAAGUGUUAAAGAAGAGGGAUCGGCGUUAUGUGGAGGAUGAUUUCAAUCAUACAUCAUCCUCUGGUGUGGAUGUCAACAGCGGCUCCACAGGCUCAGGAAACAGUAGUGAUGGUGUGAAUGGUAUCACCUCUCAACUGCAUACAAGUCCAGAUCGGUUAAAGAAAGUACAAGAAGUUUGUGAAGAUGAAGCAGAAGCAGAAGCUCAAUGGACAUCUGAGAAAGAAGUAGAAGAAACCUCUAAGGAAAAAGAAAUGGAAGAUGACCCAGCAACAGAUGAGACAAUUAGAAGCAAUGAUAGUCCAAAAGAACUACCUGAAACUCCAGCAUCCUCAGGAAGUGACAGCAAAACGAUAUCUCCUGAUCCUGUUUGGGUGUUAACUUUGCUAACCAAAAUUGAAAAGCAGUUCAUGACACAUUAUGUCAAUGCAAUGACAGAGUUCAAAGUCCGGUGGAACUUGGACAAUAAUGAGCAGCUUGACACAAUGAUAAAUGAACUUAAAACUGAGGUCCAAAAAAGAAUCAAAGCAAGUAUAAACAGGGAAAUGAACAAAAUUCAAGAAAAAGCAGGCCUACCAAGACCUCCUCAAGAAGCAAUGUCCCAUACAUCAACCACACAAACAGAGAGAAGACGGAGGCUAAAGGUUAUGCUCAAACAAUCAACUGAUCCCCAAGAAGAAAAAAGCGAUGAAUCAGCAACAGGCACAUCUUACAGCGACCAGCGCAGUGAAAAUGAUGACGAAUAUUGUCCAUGCGAAACAUGCGUGAAUAAAAAUAUGACAUCUAGACCGCCACUUCCUGCAGGAGUUAUGAAUGCUGCACCUCUUUCUAUGGACUUUGACCUGAAGAGGCUUCUGUUGAUGAAGAAUGGUCACCCCGGCAACACACAGGCAACCUCCUGCACAUCUCGCCCUGAAAAAGAGAGAAACAGAGUAGCAGCAGAAAUGCUUAUUGGAAAAGUAAUUUUCGAAGCAUUAAAAGAAGUAGAAGAUGAAGGAGAAGACGGGUCUGUAGGCAAUGAAGCAGAAGAAGAAACUGUAAGAGUCUCUUCUAUAGAUGAUAAUGAGGAAUUAAACAUAACAGAAGAUAGUGCCGUCGCCACAGAUGAGGAAUUGUCCAAAGAACCAGAUGAAGAAGCAGAAAACGAAGAUGUAGAAAGAGACAUAGCUGAGGAUGAGUCAAAGGAAGAGGCUGAUAAAGCAACCAACGAUAAAGAUGAGAGUGCAGGAGAGGAGGAUGACGUGGAAGCAGGGAUGCUUGAUUAUGAUGAAGAGAUUCCUGUCAUGAGUACAGAUGAUUCUGCGGAAGAGAACAAUGGCACAGCUGACGAAUCAUCAAAAGAACCAGUUGAAGAUGAGAUUGCUUUAGACGAAGAGAUCGCUGGCACAAGUGAGGAUGAACUUAAGGAAGAAGCAGCUGAAUAUGAAAAUGAUAAUAUGGCAGCCACCGGUGAACAGGAAUCUGAAAAGGUUGAAGUAGAGGGAGUAGAUGAUGAAGAAGAGGUUGAACUGCAGGAAGAGGCUGCUGAAACUAACACAGCUGAGGAAGAAAAUCUAGAAGAGAGCGCCAUGGCAGUCACAAGUGAACAUGAGUCUGACAAGGAGUUGCUAGUGGAAGAAGUGACAGUAGAUGAGGAAGAAAUUUCUGCCACGAGUGUGGAUGAGAACGAUGAAUCAGCAAAAGAGCCAGCUGAAGUAGCAGUAACUGAGGAUGAGAUGGCUGUAGAAAAAGAAAUCAUGAAACAUGAGGAGGCCUUGGAAGAAGGUACAGUCGAUGAUGAGGAGGAGGUUGCUGCCACAAGUGUGGCUGAAUCCGCAGAUGAGAAUGAAGAAACUGCUGAAGAUGAAGAUGCAGCAGAAGAAGAUGAAAUGAGAAAAGAGGCUGAAGAAGCGGAAGAUGAAAAUGCAGAAGAGACCGCUAUGGCAACAAUAAGUGAACAUGAAUCUCAACAUGAAGACGCUGUGGAAGACGGGAAUGUAGGUGAAGAGGAGGAGGUUGCUGCCACAAGUGCGGCUGAAUCUGCAGAUGAGAAUGAAGAGUCUGCAGAAGAUGAAGUUGCAGCAGAAGAAGCUGAGGUGGCAGUCACAAGUGAACAUGAAUCAGACAAAGAUGAGGCAGUGGAAGAAGGGACAGCUGAUGAAGAAGAACAUAUUGCUGCCACCAGUGAAGAUGAGGCUGCUGAAGCCACCACAGCAGAAGAUGAAAAUGAAGAAGGGAGUACUGUGGCAGGACAUGAGGAGAUCUUGGAAGAAGGUACAGUCGAUGAUGAGGAAGAGGUUGCUGCCACAAGUGCGGCUGAGUCUGGAGAUGAGAACAAUGACACAGCCACAGCAGAUGAAGCAGAAAAAGAGCCAGCUGAUGAAGCAACAACUGAAGACAAGUUGGCUGUAGAAAAAGAAAUCAUAGGUGAAGAUGACUCAAAGGAAGAGACUGGUGAACAUGAAGUUGAAGCAGCAGAAGAAGAUGAUGUGGCGACCACAAGUGAACAGGAAUCAGACAAAGAUGAGGCUGCAGAAGAAGGUACAGCUGAUGAUGAUGAAGAGAUUACUGCUUGCAGUGAAGCGGAAAUAAAUGAAGAUGCUGCUGAAGCCGACACAGCCGCAGAUGAAAAUGGAGAAGAAGGAACUGUUGAUGAAGAAGAGAUUGCUGCCAUGAGUGUGGAUGAAAACGAUGAAUCAGUACAUGAACCAGCUGAAGAAGCAACAACUGAAGAUGAAAUGGCUGUAGAAAAAAAAAUCAUUGGUGAAGAUGAAUCAGACAAAGAUGAGGCUAUGGAAGAAGAAACAGCUGAUGAUGAAGAACAUAUUGCUGCCACCAUUGAAGAUGAAGCUGCUGAAGCCACCACAGCAGAAGAUGAAAAUGAAGAAGAGAGUACUGUGGCAGCCCAAAGUGAACAUGAAUCUGAGGAUGAGGAAGAGUCUGCUGAUGAGAACGACGACCCAGCCACAGCAGAUGAAUCAGCAAAAGCAGAAACUGAAGAUGAGAUUGCUGUCACAGAAGGAGAUGAGUCAAACGAAGAGACUGCUGAAGACAACACAGCUGAAGAUGAAGAUGUGGCAGCCACUAGUGAACAUGAAUCCGAACACGAAGAGGCUGUGGAAGAAGGGGCGGUCGAUGAAGAGGAGGAGGUUGCCACCACAAGUGCGGCUGAUUCUGGAGAUGAGAACAAUGACACAGCAGAUGAAUCAGCAAAAAAGACAGCUGAAGAAGCAACGACUGAAGACGAGUUUGCUGUAGAAAAUGAGGUCACAGGUGAAGACGACUUAAAGAAGGAGACUGCUGAAGAUGAAGAUGUGGCAGAAGAAGCUGAUGAAGCGGCCACAAGUGAACUUGAAUCUGUUAAAGAUGAGGGUGUGGAAGACGGAACAGCUGGUGAUGAUGAAGAGAUUGCUGCCACCAGCGAAGAUGAAAUAAAUGAAAAGGCUGCUGAAGCCACCACAGCAGAAGAUGAAAAUGAAGAGAGUACUGUAGCAGCCCAAAGUGAACAUGAAUCUGAACAUGAGGAGGCCUUGGAAGAAGGGACAGUCGAUGAUGAGGCGGAGGUUGCUGCCACAAGUGCGGCUGAAUCCGCAGAUGAGAAUGAAGAAACUGCUGAAGAUGAAGAUGCAGCAGAAGAAGAUGAAAUGAGAGAAGAGACUGCAGAAGCGGAAGAUGGAAAUGCAGAAGAGAGUGCUAUGGCAACCACAAGUGAACAAGAGUCUGAACACGAAGAGGCUGUGGAAGACGGGACAGGUGAUGAUGAGGAGGAGGUUGCUGAAUCUGAACAUGACAAGGAUGAAGCGGCAGAGGAAUCAGCGAAAAAGCCAGCUGAAGAAGCAACAACUGAAGAUGAGAUGGCUGUAGAAAAAGAGGUUAUAAGUGAAGAUGACUUAAAGGAACAGACUGCUGAAGAUGAAGAUGCAGCAGAAGAAGCUGAUGUGGCGGCCACAAGUGAACAUGAAUCAGAUAAAGAUGAGGCUGUGGAAGAAGGAACAGCUGAUGAAGAAGAAGAGAUUGCUGCUACCAGUGAAGAUGAAAUGAAGGACGAGGCUGCAGGAGCCGAAGAUGAAAAUGCAGAAGAGAGCGCUACGGCAGCUCCAAGUGAAAAUGAGUCUGAAAACGAAGACGCCCUGGAAGAUGGGACAGGUGGUGAUGAUGAUGAUGAUGAUGAUGAUGAUGAGGAGGAGGAGGUUGCUGCCACAAGUGCAGCUGAAACUGCAGAUGACAAGGAUGACACAGCAACAGCUGAUGAAUCAGCAGAAGAACCAGCUGAAGAAGCAGGAGGAGAAGAUGGUGCUGCUGCUGAAGAUGAAAUUGAAGCAGAACACACAGCUGACAAUGAAUCCGACAAAGAAGAAGCUGUGGACGGAGCAAUGGUUGAUGAUGGAGAAGACAUUGCUGCUACCAGUGAUGACGAUUCAGCAGCAGUUACCGACACAAAUGAAGAAGGGGCCGCGGAAGAGAAAGGCGCAACAGAUGAUGAACUGUCGGAGGAACCAGAUGAAGAAAGUGAUCUUGAAGCAGACGAGACUGCUGUGGCUGCAACAAGUGAAAAUGAAUCCAUCAAUGAGGAAGCUGUUGAAGAAGAGUCAAAGGAAGACCUUGCAGGAGACACCAAAGUUGAAGAAAAUAUGGCAGAAGAUGUAGCCCCCCAAGAUGAAUCCCAUGAAGAUGGGGCUCUCACAAACGAUGAAAAUGAAACCUCAGAUAAUGAAAAAGCAACAGCAGAUGAAGAUGAAUCCCAGGAAGACGAGACUGCUACUAACGAUGAAAAUGAAACCUCAGAUAAUGACAAAGCAACAACGGCGGAGGAUGAAAGCGCUGUGGAAAAAGAGAUAAAUGUCACAAGUGAAGGUGAAGGUAACAGUGGCGCAGAACAGGCAGACAUUGAAGCUACAAGCGAACAUGACUCUGACAAAGAUGCAGCUGUGGAUGAGCUCGAGAAUGAAGAUGAGAUUGCCGAAGAGGUUGCGGUCACAAGUGGAGAUGAAGUGAAGGAAGAAGCUGGUGAAGCGGCUGAAGAGGACAAUGCAGCAGAACAGGCAGAUGUUGAAGCCAGUGAAUAUGAAUCUGAGAAAGAAGAAGCCGAGGAAGAAGGGACAGCUGAUGAUGGCGAAGAAUCAGCUGAAGAGUCAUGUGAAAAUAAUGCAGAAAGCAGUGCUGUUGAAGAUUUUGUUCAAGAAGAAGAUGAAGGUGAUGAUACAUCUCACAAUGAGGAACCAGAAGAAGGUGAAAAAGAUGGGGGGGAAUCAGAGGGGGCUGAAAAUGAUGGGGAGGAAUCUGCUGAAAAUGAGAGUGAUACGGAGUGUGGAGCAACAGGUGAAGAGGAUGACAUUGAAGAAACAGCAGAAGAAGAAUCAGCAGAGUCUGAAAUGACCGGGAGUGAGAUUACUGAGAGUGAUGGUCGAGAAGAAUGUGGAGGGGAAGAGGAAGAUGAAGAAGCCCUAACAGGAAGGGAAGAAUCAAUCGAUAACACAGGAGAUGAAUGUGCAGAACAGCAACACACAGAAGGAGCAGAACAAAAUGACCUGACUGAAGAGCAUCAGGAAGAUGCCAUCCCAGAGGCAAAUGAGGACACACAAGGGCCUGAUGAUGUGGUUGAGCUGAAGCCAGAUGAGGAUGUGGAGGAAAAUAAUGAAGAAAAUAAACCAGUGGAAGAUGACGAUAAUGAGGAACAAGAAACAAUUCCAAAAGGAAGCCAUGAUGAUGUUGAAGAUGCCGAAGUUCCCGAUGAAGAGGACGAAGGUAAGAUAGUGAAUCAAGACUGGGAUGGAAACCAGGGAGAUUCAGCUGACGGAGAAGAUGAAGCAGACGAGGAAUCAGACGAAGCAGAAGAUGACACUGAUUGCGGAGAGCAAGAUUUAGUCCCAAGCAAGACAGAAAAUGGAGAGGCAGCUACAAAAGCAUCUCAGAAAAAGACAUUAAUGACACUUGAUGCUUUGAUCAAAGUGAAAGCAGAAUCUGAUGAUGGCGCUUAUGCUGAUGUUGAAGACUCUGAGAAUGAGAUGAACAGCCAAGAAGAAGUUACAUGCCUUGAGUCAAAGACUUUGAAAAAUAAUUCAUCAUAAGUUGACGGUGACUCUGCAAAAGCUGGAGGGGAAAGAGGGUGAGACGUUUCUACAGGGGAAAAUCACAACAACAAGCAAUUUUAAGACAUAAAGUAAGGUCGUGCAAUAAAGAAAAUAAAGUGAUUGACCUAGAUUAUUCAAAUUUCUAACAUGAUUUAAAGGUAUUGUUAAAUAAGCACUAAAGAAACAAGCACUUUGUUCCAGCAUCAUCAAUGCUGAGACAGAACACAUGCACAACUACUCAUCAUGCAGUUGAAGAAGAAAUGUACCAUGAAAACUUGAAUGUAGCCAGUUUGCAUAGUUUUUAAUGCAAAGUUUAAAGAGACUUUUAAUAUAUUUGUAUUAUUUUAAUGCAUUAUAAAGGUUUGUUACAUGUUACCUACUGAAACUGGGCCCCAGACAGACACAUGGCAAUAAUAGUAAACCAUGCUUUAUUUAUGGUACUUUGUAGAAUCUACAACUGUUACACUAAUGUCUUAAAUAUGUCUUAUAUGCACAUAUACUGUAGUUUUCUUCAAAUUACUGCAGUAUAACGGUAUUUGCUGCUCAACAUUUUUUGCUAGAUUUAGCAAGAAUGUUUUUCCGAAUGUAUUUCAAGUAAUAAAUCAUUUUGGUUCCUAAGGUAAAGUUCAAGAUAUAUCUAUAUUUUUCUAGUCAUUAUUUCUGGAAAGCCAGAACAAGUGAUAUUUAUUUUGAAUGUAUAACUUACUAUUGUGCUGUACUGUUCAUGGCAAUAUGUUAGUGUUCGAUAUAAAGGGCAAAGUUGGAUGAUGACUAACUUUAGUGUUAGCUUCUUCAUCAGGAAGCUGCAAGAAAGCUUUAAUAAUGUCUUUAGCAGGUUAACAGGAAUAUCUCAGGAAAGAAGAAAAUGUUGUGGCAGGGAUUUAUGUAUCAUGUCAUGCUGUACUACUGUUCUGUAUUUUAGACAAUUCAACAGUGUGUGUGAGUGAGAAAAGAAGCUAUCCUCUGUGGUGCAACGGCUACUACUGUUAU